GAAUGCAAAUCAGAGGCCGACUCCGGGACUGAGGACUCGUCCCAUAACGACAGCUCCGAAGGCGACUCCGCCGCCAGACUUAGGCUUAAGAGAAAACUACAGCGAAAUCGCACCUCAUUUACACCCGAGCAGAUCGAGGCACUCGAAAAAGAGUUCGAGAGAACCCAUUAUCCGGAUGUGUUUGCGAGGGAACGACUGGCCGCCAAAAUCGAUUUGCCUGAGGCUAGGAUACAGGCCUACGAUCAUAUUAUGCAGGUUUGGUUCAGCAAUCGACGCGCCAAAUGGCGGCGCGAGGAGAAGCUCCGUAACCAACGGCGCGCCGCCGAACAGGCGUCGGUAGUCCACUCGGCACCGGCACCCGCACCGCCAUCGCGCAUACCCAUCAACACCGGGUUCGGCAACUCCCUCUACCCUACCAUUCCGCAGCCCAUGGCGUCAAUGGCCGACACUUACAGUUCGAUGGGAAUGACAUCCUAUUCGAUGGCCAAUAAUAUGGCGUCCAAUUCGUGUCUACAACAACAGGCGGCGGCCGCCGCGGCCGCCUCGUCCUACUCAUGUAUGUUACCUCCCGGGCCCGGCCGUGGCUACGACCCCAUCACACUGGGAGGCUAUUCGCGGCCCUCGUGCCCAUCGGCGGCUCAGGUGCACGCCAUGCAAAACGGACAGUUCGGUGGUGUCAACAACCCGGCAAACUCUACCGGUCUGAUAUCACCCGGGGUGUCGGUGCCCGUACAGGUGCCCGGGCAGACCACUGACCUCACCAAUGCCAUGCAGGCCGCCUCCAACUACUGGCCCCGUAUUCAGUGACAACCAAUCUAUAAAUAUAAGUAAUUAUUAUGGGAUAAUGAC